UUUCUGCAUGACGGUGCUGCUGUACCUGCUGCCGCUGCUGGUCAUCGGCUGCGCCUACGCCGUGGUCGGCCGCACGCUCUGGGCCAGUGAGAUCCCCGGAGACUCCUCCGACCGCUACCACGAGCAGGUGUCGGCCAAGAGGAAGGUGGUGAAGAUGAUGAUCAUCGUGGUGUGCACCUUCGCGCUCUGCUGGCUGCCCUACCACGUCUACUUCACGCUGCAGUACCUGCGGCCCGAGUGGUACCUGCAGAGGUUCAUCCAGCAGGUCUACCUGGCCGUCAUGUGGCUGGCCAUGAGCUCCACCAUGUACAACCCCAUCAUCUACUGCUGCCUCAACGACAGGUUCCGGGUGGGAUUCAAGCACGCCUUCCGCUGGUGCCCGUGGGUCAGCGCCGGUGACUACGAGGGGCUGGAGCUGCGCUCAGCGCGUUUCCUACACACGCAGAGCUCCGUGUCCAAGGUCAGCAGGAUGGACACCACCACCGUGUCCUCGGCGCUCUGCGUGGCUGACGAUGACCUGGACGAUGCCGGCAGGGCCAAGCGGCUCUCCCUGGACAUGACCUCCAACGGCUCCUCCCGCAGCGACUCCAAAACCGUCUCUGAGAGCCUCAGCUUCUACUCCAACACCCUGACCUAGGGAUGUUCCCGUCCCCGGGGUGCCACGUCAGUGUCACCGCCCCGUUGUGCCGUGCCGGCGUUUUCCGCGCUGUUUUCCUGCCUCUUUCCCGGGGCAGAGCCCGGCAGCAAAUCCUUGGGAUGAGUUCGGUGUCUUCCGUCAUGGGGUUGGGCACCGGGAAUGCCAGACAGGUGGAGGGGAUGCAGGAACGGGACAGAGCGGGGUUUUGCUCCAGAAUUCCGACGCUGGCCCCGCUCUCUGUGAGGCACGAGGGAUCUCCCAGCGCUUCCCACCCCGAGGGAAAAUGAACCCGUCCCGCACUUCCCUCCUCCCGUCCUUUGUUUCCUUCUCCCUGCUGGACAUCCAGAGGGAUGGUCAACCUCAAAAUCCAGCAAAUUCCCAAAAGACACUGUUUUUGACUCCAUGGGGCCACGACUCAGAUCCAAGAGUUCCCAUGUGGUGUUGGAUCAUCUCCGGCAUCCACAUCCCUCUGCUCCAGGGGCUCCUUCAGCCGCUCCAAACCCACUCAGGGCAGCAGGGAUCACCCAAAGGGUGUCCUGAAGGGUUUCUGGAAAGAUCUACGGAAGGAUCUCUGGAAGGAUCUCCCGAAGGGUUCCCAAAGCAUCUCCUGAUGGGUCUCCCAAAGUGUCUCCCG